ACCCCUUGACUUAUCGACUCCAUGACUCGCGUUGACAGCUGACCCAGACCAAAACAAUAAAAUAAUAAAUAAUAAAUAAAAUAAAAUUGGGAGUAUUUAUCAACCGCCGCGGGGACUCUUAAAGGGAUGAUCGAGGGCUGUGAAUGAGUACACUUGUGCUGCCAUGGGAGACGAACCACCCCCACUGCCACCCAAGAUGAGGUCUUCGACAGGUGUGCGCUACACGGAGCAGGACAUGGCCAAGGCUUUGGAGGAGGAAAACAAGGAGUAUGAGAGAAUUAGAAGGGAGCUUGGGCGCUCUCACUCUCAGAGGCAGGCUCCACUGAGGGAGAAUGGACUCCAUGAUGCACCGAGGUCUCAGACUCCUACAGAAAGGCACAGUAGACCAGUAGAAGUUAAGCCAAGGCCUCGACCAGGUAACAAGCCAGCCCAACCUACACCUAAGCCACGCACUAUUAGCCUCACUCAAAACACCCCUAAAGCACCUGUCAAGUCAAGAUCUGCCUCGCAUUCCGUGUACAGCCAUUCACUCAUUGCUGCAGAAUCGGUUUCUGUUAGUAACAGUAAUGCCUCCCCAACCAGCACAAUUGCAGAAAGUGGUAAUGAUCAGCAAGACUUGAUAUCCUUUAAUAGCCCUGAGAAACCAAAGAACGACAUCCUGGAGUAUCUCCAUACUGUUAAUGCAAACCAGAAGUCAGUGGUACCUGUGUCUACUUCUCAGGGAACGUACAGAGUGCACAGUAUAAGUAGACAAUCAUACAGUUCUCACCAUUCAUCUUCUGUGGGACCAACAGCAAGUCUAACAACAUAUCAAGGUGCCAUGACCCCAAUGUUUUCUGGCUCUCAGUGUCAAGCAAUCACUCAAAAUGGAACUUCAUAUCCCAACUAUAGCCAUAGUUCCACAGGAACCUCAUACAGACCAACGUUACCCACAGUGCAACCUACAACUAGUAACCUUAUCCUCAACUACCCCAGUAGCCUUGGACAGUUAGUACCAGUGAUGCCACCCUUGCCCCAAAGAUGCCCAGUGGUUGACCUUCACAAUGUAGGAAAUAUGUUUAGUCAGCUGACAAUACCUAAGGGUGCAAAAGGUUCCCCAGUGGGGACGCCAACCACUGCUGGGUUAACAAUACCAGACCCAGCAAUAAGUGCCUCCACUGCUGGAAGAAUUGUCAGUGCAUCCAACAGUGAUGAUCUCAUUGACUUGGGGAAGGGGGGGAGUUUAACGGAUAGUGUAGAUGCCUUAGAAACAAAAACCAGUGUCUUAGAUGUGUUCGAUCCCAUUAUGCUUAAAGCCAAAGAAGAGUUGAGGAGAAAAAACACUUCUGCUUCCAAUAGUGUAAGUAGUAAAGAGCACCACACCGAUCCAUCUUGCGUUCCCAUCAGUGACGAGGCCCAGGAACUACUCCGUUACAAGUGCUCCAAAAAGCUUAAUGAUGAUGAGAUGAGCUACUAUGAGCAAGUGGACCCCUUUGAAUACAUGCACCCUGGGGCAAGCAGCACGAGGUCUGAUCCUGUCUAUGACAUUUACUAUGGCCUUGUCAGUCCUGGUGCCGUAGGGGGAGAAACAUUCGACAUCCCUCCACCUCUUCCACCACGCUCAUCCGUCAAGGAGCCUGAGGUGGAGCUGAGGAAGAGUGUGCGCAGUCCUCGUGCAGAGAAAAAGUUCAUGGAAAAGAAACGAUCUGGUGUUGUACUGGAUGGGAAAUCAAGCACGCGCCAGAUUCGCCUCCUCAAGAUUCCUGCCCUCAGUGCUGAUGAUGAAGCCAGAGCUUUUUGGGACUGCAUCAAGAAGCGCAGAGGGGAGUACACUUGGGAUGACCAUAUUGGCAACCCAGGGCUCCUGCACAGUGCGUGUCUCGAGGGAACGGUGGAUCCCGGGCUGAGUGUUAAAUUGUCGGUGUACUAUAAGGAGAGGGAACCCUUAGCCUUCACAUGUAAUUUGGAUUCAAGUGUAGAGCACGUUGUGAUGCAUACAGUGUGUACACUUGAGUUGCCAGGAGAAUCGGCAGACUAUAUGCUGAAGGUCCGAGGGGUGGAUGACUACUUAUCAGGGGAGACUGUCCUUGGAGAAUAUGAAUAUGUACAUAACUGUAUAAAGUAUGACCAAGAUGUGGCCUUCACCCUUAUGCAUGCUGACUCGGUCAGACACUCUUACCAACGCACCCAAGAGGAUGACAUCGCUGUGUUAGAUGUACGAGUUGAGGACUUAAUGUCUGCAGGAUCUGGGGAGGUAGUGCACCAUGAGUCCCUGAUCAUUGUUGUGGAAACCUUCGAGACAGAACUCACACGGCUCCAGAAUUCGGGAUUCCUCUUGGUGGAUGGAAUGCCACUGCAGGACCUGCCAUCUCCCAUGAGGUCUCGUAGGCUACGACAGGUGGUGAAACAGAUGUGUGCUAUCUUGGGAAACCUAGAGACAACAGAAGUGUCUGAAUCCAUAAAUAACUUGGUAUCUACUUGUAGAAUCAUCCAACAGAGUCAGCCCAGAGGCACCAUGGAGCUCCAGAAAGGCAUCUUGGACGGAGAGGAGGACAUCCCUGGGCAGCGCAUCCUGUCUACAGGUUCACAUGACUCCACCAAUCCAGAAGACCUGAAGCAUCUCUUGUUGGAUGCACUUAGUCGAUUAGCUGGUGCUGUUAAUAAUUUUCUGGUCAUGUACGCCAAAGCAUUUAGGGUGGACUUCACUGUGGAUCGCACGGUAGAUGCUACAAAAGCAUUUUCCUUACACAACAUCUUCUCGUUGAGCAGGAAGUUAACUCAGGGGUCACACCUCCUGACCUUGUGGCCCAUGGUGAGUGACAAGCGUCUUGGGCCGGCUCCCUAUUCCUCCGACCACCCUAGGGUUCACGGAUGCCCUGUCCUAUCGGUUGAACUGAAGGACUUCGGUGGCGAAGUUUACUUCCCUAGAGUAGAAAUUCCGCCCCCAACUAAGCUUGAGUUUUCAUCCCUAGAUCUUAAUACUCAGCAGCAACUCUCUGAUAUCAUUGAGAGAGACAUAUUUAUCUUUAACAAAGGUUCAGUGGAGGAGCGCGAAAUUCUUUGGGAAAAGAGGCACUACCUUCAUGAGGAACCUGCUGCUCUAGCAAAGGUACUCCUGGCAGCACACUCAUGGGAUGUCUCAUGCCUGCCAGAUCUUCACUCUCUUGUGAGGAAUUGGGCAUCUCCUGCACCUGCGGAUGCCCUACAUCUUCUUUUGCCAUGUUUUGCUGACAGCGUGGUAAGGGGGUGUGCAGUGGGAUGGAUCAGAGGUCUAGGAUCCGAUGAACUCAUAAGCUUCCUGCCACAGUUGGUUCAGGCUGUGAAGCAUGAAGCAUGGGACAUUUCACCAACAGCAGAACUACUGUUAGAGCGAGCACUAACAUCACCCAGGCUUGCACAUCAUCUGUAUUGGUUACUCAACCAGUGCCUUCCUCUUCAGACCAAUAUGGGUGGUGAACGCGAAUUGGUGAGUGAUGCCAGAUAUCGCCGGAGGCUCAAUCUUGUCACCCGUGCUCUGAUGGCCAUCUGUGGAAAGAACUUGGAAAACAGACUUCUCACACAAGAGGCCAUACUAAGAAGUCUUUAUGCCACAGCUAUGAACAUCAAAGACACAAAGGAUUCACAGAGAAUGCAUGUCCUCGGCAGAGACCUGGAAAAUAUCCACUACAAUUUGACGGAAAAUCCUACAUCACUGCCACUGUCCCCAUCACUGGAAGUUGCUGGAGUGGAUCUCAAGAACUGUUCAUACUUCAACUCCUUUACGGUUCCUCUCAAGUUGGCCUUCUUGUCCUCGGAGGAUAAUACUGAUCCCAUUCAUGCCAUCUUUAAGGUGGGAGAUGAUCUUCGCCAAGACAUGUUGGUUAUUCAGAUGAUACGUCUGAUGGACAAACUGUGGCUGAAGGAAGGGCUGGACCUCAAAGUUGUCACUUUCAGUGUUGUUCCUACGGGAGACAAGAUUGGAAUCAUCGAGUUGGUGAAAGAUGCUGAGACACUCCGUAAGAUCCAAACAGAGUAUGGCGUGACCGGAUCAUUCCAGGACAGACCAAUUGCAGAAUGGCUGGCUAAGCAGAAUCCAUCACAGCUUGAGUACCAGAGAGCUGUAGAUAACUUCACUGCUUCCUGUGCUGGCUAUUGUGUUGCGACUUACAUCCUGGGGAUAUGCGACCGCCACAAUGAUAACAUCAUGCUUAAAACUUCUGGCCACUUGUUCCAUAUAGACUUUGGCAAGUUUUUAGGCGACGCGCAGAAAUUUGGGAGCUUCAAGAGGGACCGAACCCCUUUCGUGCUGACAUCAGACAUGGCCUAUGUCAUCAAUGGAGGAGAGAAGCCUUCGGACAAGUUCCAAGGCUUUGUUGACCUCUGCUGCCGGGCCUUUAAUAUUAUCAGGCACAAUGGCCACCUCUUGCUGUAUCUUUUUGCUCUUAUGGCCUCUUCUGGUAUUCCGGGAGUAACAUGGGAUGCAGUGACAUACGUUCAACGUGCACUCCUGCAAGACAAGACCAAUGCUGAGGCUGGAGCAAUGUUCUCACGCAUGAUCCAGGAAUCUCUGAAGUCAUGGUUCACACAGGUGAACUUCUUCAUUCACAAUCUGGCACAGCUGAGGUUUACAGGAGACCACUCAGAUGAUCUUCUCCUCUCCUUCAUUCCUCGGACUUAUACGGCAGCACAAGAUGGCAAGAUCCGCAUGGUACGACUCUACAGUUACCAAAAGCGCUACAACCCCAACAAGUACUAUGUGUACAUCUUGCAAGUUGACCGAGAAAACCAGAGAGAGCCAACGUAUCUGUUCCGUUCUUACAGAGAAUUUUCAGAGUUCCAUCAGAAGCUGUGCCUUGUCUUCCCUCUGGCUAGAAUACACAGCAUACCGAAGGGCGUGCAGAUUGGAAGGUCGGAGGUGAAGGCGGUAGCUGAGAAGAGGAAGCUGGAGAUUGAGCUUUUCCUGGCAACCUUGUUUGACCUUGCGCCGGAGAUUUCCCACUCGGACCUCGUCUACACCUUCUUCCACCCACUCCUCAGGGACCAAGAGGAUACAGAUAUCCAUUUGAAGAAGCUGAAGGGUAAAGAUACAAGGUCAAGCAUCUCAUCUGGGGCACCAAACAGUGCUGGGCAAGUGCAAGGUCAGGUUAAAGUCAGUGUGCAGUACCUCAGAGGUCAGCUGCAGAUCAUGGUGCACCACGCCCGCAACCUGUCCCUGACAAGCCCUGGGCAGGAGCCGUCCCCAUAUGUCAAACUUUAUCUCCUGCCAGACCCCCACAAGAAGACCAAAAGGAAGACGAAGGUUGUGAAGAAAACAUGUCACCCGACCUUCAUGGAACCAAUCACUUACCGCAUGUCCCAAGACAUCAUAAAACAGAGGGUGCUAGAAAUUAGUGUAUGGAGUGAGGACAAGUUCAGCGAGAAUGUCUACCUCGGGAGUUGCUACCUCCGUCUUGCUGCCCUUGACCUAAAGGAGGAGCAGUGUGAGUGGCUUAGCCUGGAGCAUCAACGCAACACAGCACUUGGACAUACUAUCCAGCACAGAGCUUAGUCUUCGAAUAAUUAUGGCGAAUGGGCCCCCAAAUGCUGAGCAUUAUAUUGACAGACUUAGAUGAAAAGAAGCUUUACAGCCCGGUGUGGUAUACAUUUAUUGUGGUGUGUGAUGAUGUAACAGAAGGCAUUUAUUAGAUUGCUCGAAUUCCCACCCCCCCCUUUUUUGUGUGGCUGAAAGGAACUUUGAAGCAAUUUGAAAACACAUCACAAAUGCAUGAAUUUAUUGUGAGACUUCCAGGUAUGGGAAGGUCAGUGCUUUGAUCAUUUGAUAUUGAUUAUAAUAAUGUAAGUAUUAUCUUUCUUCUUCAUACUGUUUGUUAGCAAGUGUGCAUUACAUCUCGGAAACAACCUUUAAAGGUAAACACAUGAUGAAUGAAUAUGAUUAGGUUUCAUGAUAAUGGGAAUUAAUCGGCUAGUGAUUUUAUAUUGUAAUAUAUACACAAUGAUUAUCCGAAAGAGAGAGGUACCAAGCGGUGUCUAAUAUUGGUGUUUGUCUUUGAAUACUUUGUAAUAUAACAACUUUACUACAUGCAUAACCAUGUUCAUAUUCACAAUGAAUUCACAAUAUUUAAACUUUUCUUGCAAUUCCACAUCAGGCAAAGAUAAAGGAAUGACAAAGUUUUUAGACCUAGUAAUUUAUAGUGUAUAAAAUAAUAAAUAUAUAUUUUUUCUGUAAAAAAAAAAAAAAAAUUAACCUCAUUUUGUAGAUUCAUUCUGUUAAAGUAGAUUUUUAUAUAUGUCCAAUAAAUUCAGACGUUCUGGAGCACCUCAGGGGUCCAUGACUUUGUGUAUACAGUGUAAAAGGCUCCUAUGUCAAUAUUAAUUUAUCAUGAACUAAUAUUAUUAUUUGUCUGACACUGUAUAUUUUUUUAGGACACUUCAUUUGACAUUGUACAUUUUUAGGGAACUUCAUUGCAAGAUCGGUCUGAGUAAUCAGUGUAAAAUUUUUUAAGCAUACUCUUUUUAUUCAAGGAUUCAGUACCACAUGUGAAAGAUUAUAGUAUUAGGUGAAUGUGCAUCAGUUUUUAAAGGCAAAAAUAUUGCUAGUCCCUCAGUUUAGUGAUGUGAAAGGGUCCCUUGCACAAGGUUAGGUAACAAUCCCUCUACAUGAUAAAUAGAAACUGAGGAUAGAGUGCUUACGCCUUCACAUUCAGGUACUAGAUAAAACAGGGUAGUUAGAGCUUAUGAAACUUUAGGAUUGUAGGGAAUUCUCACACACACACUCACUCACACUCACUCACUCACUCACUCACUCACUCACUCACUCACUCACUCACUCACUCACUCACUCACUCACUCACUCACUCACUCACACACACACACACACACACACACACACACACACACACACACACACACACACACACACACACACACACACACACACACACACACAUAUAUUAUGAAGUUAUAUGAAGUUACACUUAGCUUGAUUUAUCAGUCAGCAUACAUGAACUUUCAGCACAGUAGGGCAGAUUUUUUGCAAGUGUAAUGUGAGAACAUGAGUGUUAGAGUUGGAAAGAAGGGAUAAAUGAAUGAAUGAGUGUGAUGGAAUAGGAGUAAAAGAGAGUAAGGAGGAGUAAGAAAGAAAAGGGAAAACUUGAGUGACAGAAAAUUGGCAUGGGAUGUAAUUUCCUAGUGAGAGUAAUUUUCCUGGGAUUAAAUGUUUCAUCUACACAGAAAUACUGAUUAAAAAUAUUUUAGCUGUAAUUGCUCACUAUGAUACUUGCACGACAGAUAUUGUAUAGAUAGAAUCACAUGUAUUUUUUGUAAGAGAUGAAAAAAAUAGGCUACCACAGUGUUAGUAGCUAUAGAGAUACUUUAGGGAAACAAAUUACAAAUUCCUUUUAAAUUGAUUUCAUUCUACUCACUGCUUUAUAUUCUAUUUUUUGCAAUACACUGUUAGCACAUGUUAGUACACUGCACUCUGUGAAAUGUGUAUAAUCCAAAUGAAAAAAAGGAGAAAAGAAAUGAAAAAAGUAUAUAUAUUUUAAUUAGUGCCCUGUUUAUUUUACCCAGAAUGAACAGUUGCACUUUAAAGGACCUGUUUCAUUUUAGCCUUGAGAAAAGGAAGUACUGCAUUACUUGUGAUAUCAAGUGCUUUUCUCAUGUCUGUAAAAUCUGUUUGAAACUGACUGCUUGCUCGGAGAGUGUAGCACACAUGCACACAUGUAUAAAAUAUAUAUAACUUUUGAUUGUUGAAACAAAUAAUCAUUGAUAUAUAGUAUAUCUGAAGUCUGCUUAUGGUAUCUGAUAAAAGUAAUGUAGGAGGUUAUAUUAUAAGAGGAGGUAUUAUUGUUUAUUUUAUAUCCAUUUGCAUCAUCUUGAUGAAACGAAGUGCAACUGUAAAGUCUUGUCUUUCUACUUUCGUGACAUGUCACAGAGGAGACUCAGCUACUGACAGUGCAUGCCAGAGACAGUGCAAACUAGGUGUCCUUAGCAUGGUUUGUAAUGAUAGGUUUAGCCAGGAGACAUGAGGGUUGUUUUGCAUGUAGCUGAAAUAUAAUUGUGAAUUAUUUUAUUCUUUCUUUCUUGGUUGUUCAUUGUGUGCUAAGGGAGUUCAGAUUAUGGCUAGUGAUAGGAAUGGUGAUGAAAUAAACUGGAUGCUUAAUCCAGAAUGCAGUUUUUCUACAUAUGAUGAUUGUCAUGGUCUUGAAGUAGGAUUUUGAGGAUGUCAUCAACCUGUGAAGGAUUUAGAAGUAGAUAAUUCUUAUUGUACUUGUGUGCUUUUAGAAUAACCUUUUAUAAAAAACAAUGAUAAAAUGUUUUGUUAAGUUAUCUUUUUAAUCUGUUUGUCCCAAGGUGUGUGUGUGUUCCUCUUAUUGAAACCCCUUUUUGUAAAGACAGAUGUAGCUAGGAUUUCCUUGCACAUUCCUCUUUUGUUAUGGAACCAUAUCCUUACAGGCUUCCAGCUGUCAUAAAUGUUAAGCUUGCUUUUUUUCAGCAUGAUGAUUUUAAACUUUAAAUGCAUGACACAUUAUUGUGUAUAUAGAAUGAGACAUUAGAGAUAACCUGUGGCUUCACAAGCAGGGUUUUUUUCCCCAGUGAAGACAUUUUUUAAGAAGAAAAUAAUAAUGGUAAAUGUUAUCUUUGAUUUUUUUCUAAAUUUUUGUAAAUAUUUGUUGUAUCUAAAUGUUUAAAUAUGAUUUGAUAAAUAUUCCACCAGUUGCCUUUGUUGUGUAAGAAUCCUGUAAUGUGCUUCAUGAAUCGGUGUAAUUUUACAUCUGUUUGGUUGUUCACAUUAAUAUCCUCUUCAUCUAUUUCCACAAAUGUCUUUUAUUCUUUUGGUUUCUUUGUGUGCAAUUCAUAUCUGUUUUGUCUAUAUGUGAUGCAUACAUAUAAUGCAAGUCUGUUCAUCUCUUUUUCCUUCUCAUUUCUGUACUUCUUCAUGUUCCUCUAUGCUUCCCUCUUCUCUUUCCUGUCUUUGACCAAAUGUGUGGUAUAUCUUGAAGAAGCAUGUUCAUAUUUCGGUUAGUUUUUGUAUUGUUAAAAUAUUUCUGUUGACAAAAGCAGGUUUUAUCAGUGCUCCCAUUCUAUUUAUCUGUUUUAUCAGCAUUAUCAUUAUUAUUAUUACAUUUUAAUAAUUGAUGACAAUAUUAUGGAUGUAGAGCAUUGCCUAUAAAUGCAUUGUAUCUUGGCCACAGUCAUUUGAGCUAGAUGUGAACAAUGUAAGUUCUGCAUUAAUCUUUUGUAGCAUAUUUUGGAUGCAACAUUUUUUGUACCCUAUGUAGAGACUCGGUAACACUAGACAUUGCAAAUUCAUCCCUAUUUUUUCACAGUACUUUAUUAGGACUAUUCACUUUCCAUUGUAAUAAUAUUUUUGGACAAACUCCAUUCACGUAAGCUCAAUUCAGGCAGCUAUCCCUGCCACCAGCACUGUAAUGUUUUGAUUAUUAUAAACCUAUCCAGACCAAAUAUUUAUCAGUUUUGGUCAAAUUUAUUUUGUCAUGUAGUGCAUUGAGUGUCAAGAGCCCCUUUGAAAGUAUAAUAAUAUUCAUACUUAAAGAUACACUAUAUCCUUUUUUUUUCUUUUUUUUUUAUUAAUUAGUGAAAGCUUGGAUGAUAUUAUGUCCUUUAGGUUUCAUCUACUCAGACUCAAUAAUGAUACUAAUCUCAGCAGACUAGUCACUGAAAAAAUCCUUAGACAAGAGAUGUAGGCUUAAAUUCUAGGUUAAUGCACCCUUUGCACUGAAUUUAGCUUUUCCUAGUGGUCUUGUGGUAUGUCAUGUCUAUCUUUUGUCUAUUUUUGUCUUUUUUUUAUUUAUUUAUUAUGUAAUUAGACAUGGUAUAAGAUAACCUAUUAAAGGCACUCCCAAAUAACCUAAUUAAGUAUUGCUGCAACCAAAGGUGUUGUUUUUUGUUAAUGUUGUAAGGUAUCAGCUAGCAUGAAAUGGUACAAACAUUUUUUUUUCUUUUAUUAUUGUUAUCUUUUUUCAUUACCUUUUUAUUUUUUGUCUUCGUUCCUUUUUUUGUAUAGGCAUUCCGCAGGUUAUGUAAUAUUCACUCCUGCAUUCCCCAAUGUUCCUUGGCUUGGUUAGUUGCAUGCAUUAUCAUGAUCUUUGACAUUCAAUGAUAAGCCUCUUAUGCUUUCACAUACAAGUUUUACACUUUUUAUGUUGGCUGCAUGAGUAAAAUAUUGAGCAAUUUUGUUUAUAUAUGUUUUUUAUUAUUUUUUUUUCUUUUGUGAUGUAACACCUGUUAUACAGUUUACUUUGAACUGGAGGACCUAUGAAAGGAAGACCAUAGUCACCCUUUUUGUUAAGAGAAGGACCAAGUCUGGCUGGUCAGUAUAUUGUCCCAAGCAUGCAAAAGAUAAAUGCUUGUUCAUAAGAAAGAUAUAUAUUUCAAGAUUUUAUAUAAUAUGCUUAUGUAAAUAAAGUUUGUAUUUACAA